GGCAGUUAUAGCGGAUGCCAAGCUUUUCCCAUCGUCUCCGUGCCACACAGAGACUCCAUUUAGUGCAGAUGGUCCCCAGGGGUUUUGGUGAUGGUUUCAUUGUCCAGUCUUGGCCUCGAUAUGCGUUCCGUUCUUCGGUACCUUCCCGUCACAAUCUGUUAUCACUGUCGAGAUGACGUCCGGUAGGCGGCUAUUGGCGCCAGAGCAUGUCCUGCACAGCUCACAGUGAAUCUGUUUGCGAAGGGUAUGGGCCAGCUAGCGAAAGUGGAUGCUUGACUUUGCUGCUGCGGAGAUGGACCCCCAGUGGUUGCCGUUUCGUGCAACUCAACCCCACGUCGAGACGUCGCUAUCUUCACUCGAGGCUGGCAAUGUUUCAGUUGAGGAAGGUGAUGUACGUGGAUGAAACAGAAACACGAUGCGACGGUGCAUGCUGCUACUUCCGGGCUGCCCAGCGACAGCCCUCGUGCCGCCCGGGUGGGGGGUCAUUGUGCUUAGAGCUAAUGGGCAGCGGGCGGCCGGCGCUACGGCCUCGUAGUAAUCACGGGCAUUCCUGGGGAGCGGCAGUGUCUGUCUGGCCAGUGAUGUGGAGGUGGAGCCGGAGGGAGGCUCGGGACAUCGUGGAUCUAGACCACGCCGUCUGGAGGAUGAGGCCGGGAGCGACCAGCCAUCGAGAGGAGACAGCCGGGCUCAAGCUUGGCUCUUCGCGGUCGUCGUGGCGUGUGCCGUCGGAGGAGGAUGGCGAUGCGUCGCGUAAAGCAGCAGAAGCUCGAGACAUGUGUGUCUGGGAAGGGCUGCCUGCUCCAGUCCAGUAACAGGCGUGUUUUAC